AGUCAAUUCCCGGCGAGACGUGUCUUACGGUCCUCUUGGGCAGUUCGUUAUUUAGUAAUUAUUAGUUUAUGUUGAUGAGUGUAAUAACCUGUAUAAAUUGAAUCUUAUUAAAUAGAUUAAUUGUUUAAUGCCAAUUUCACUCCGGUGUAAAAAUGAUCUGAUUUAUCAAGUUAAUAGAAGUACCGUUAUUUGACCCAUAGCCCGGCUAACGAAAAUGUACUGAAAGUUUUAUCUGCAGUCAGAUUUAUACUUUAUACAUACUGUGUUACAGCGUUAUGAAAUCACUAGGAUGGAUUUUGAAGCUGAUAUCACUUUGAAGGAAUGGGCAAAAGACAAGCCACUUAGUAUCCUUCAACUUGAUCCUGCUGACAGAGCUGUCCUUCGAAUAGCAGAUGAGAGAGAUGCUAUUCAGAAGAAGACAUUUACGAAAUGGGUUAACAAGCAUUUGAAAAAGGCUCAUCGUCACGUUAACGAUUUGUUCACUGAUUUACAAGAUGGCCACAAUCUCAUUUCAUUGUUGGAAGUGCUAUCCGGUGAACAGCUGCCCAGGGAAAAGGGCCGGAUGCGGUUUCACAUGCUUCAGAACGUUGAAUUGGUUUUGAAUUUCUUGCGUUACAAAAAGAUAAAAUUGGUCAACAUAAGGCCAGAAGAUAUAGUAGAUGGAAACCCUAAGUUGACACUCGGUCUCAUAUGGACAAUCAUCCUUCAUUUCCAGAUAUCUGAUAUAGUGGUUGGUGAAGAACCCAAUGUUUCUGCAAAAGAUGUUCUGCUUAGGUGGGCAAAAAAAUCGACUGCCAAGUAUCCAGGUGUCAAAGUCAGUGAUUUCACUUCUUCUUGGAGAGAUGGCUUGGCAUUUAAUGCCAUCAUCCAUAGAAACAGACCUGAUCUUUUACCUGAAUGGAGGGAAAUCCGAAGGAGGACUGUCAGAGAGAGACUUGAAACUGCAUUCUACACUGCUGAAAAGGUUGGAGUUACUAGGCUCCUGGAUCCUGAAGAUGUGGAUACCCAUGAAAUUGAUGAGAAAUCCAUUAUUACGUAUAUUUCAUCAAUGUAUGAUGUUUUUCCUGAACCUCCGUUUGCACAUCCACUUUAUGACAAUGAAGCACAGGCUCUCACAAGUGAGUACCGAGAAGUGGCCUCGUCUCUACACCUUUGGAUUCGAGAAAAAGUAUCUGAGAUGUCUCAGGACCUUCCCUCUAGCUAUGAUGAACUUAGACGCUUAGCUCAUGAUUCAGCAAAAUUCAGAAGUGAAGAAGUGCCAGCAAGAUUAAGGGAUCGGCAAAAACUUAGCUCUCUGUAUAGGGAUUUACAAAAAUUAUAUGAAUCAACUGGUGAAGUUGAGAUUGAACCGGAGCUUCACAUAGAUGUUCUAGAAAAGAAUUGGUCAAAGCUUCAGUCUUUGCAUCAGGAACGUGAUCAUGCCAUCCAAGAAGAACUCAAAAAGUUAGAUAGGUUACAAAGAUUAGCAGAAAAGGUCUCAAGGGAUUGUAAACGUUUGGAACCCAGAAUGGAUGAUCUAGAAUCUAGAAUUUCUGAUGAAGCAAAGCGAUUAGACCGAUUACAUCCACUAGAUGCAAAACAUGUAGUUGAUUCAAUAGAAUCAGAACUAAGAUCUAUAGAAGAAAAUAUACAGUCUCUUUUUCAGGAUGUAUCUACCCUCAAAUCUGGGGGGCACCAUCAGUAUCCUGAGUUGAAUAAAAGGGUAGGAAGAUUACACUCACGCUGGGUACAACUGCGAAGUGCCCUUCAUUCAAAGCUGAUUACUCGUCUUGCUUCCCUUUCAUUCCCUGUUGUCGAGGAGAGAACUGUUACUCGCCAAACACGGACAGUUUUAGAGACACGCCUUGUUGAUACAAAUCAUCACUUCAGAGCUCUUCAAGAGGCUAUUGAUUGGGUCAAAUCAAAAUUAAAACAGCUUCAAGAGUUUGAGUUUAGUAGUGAUCUCUCUGGUGCAAAGAUUGAAAUGUCUCAUCAUCAAAGAGAGCACAGAGAAAUCGAUAGAUUCCAGUCGACUGUAGAUCAGUGUGCUUCUGCUAAAAGUCAGUUUCAUGGAGAGGAACUUUCAUUAUAUACACAACAUCUGAGCACCCUUCAAAAAAUAUAUGCUGAACUUCUCUCUCUGUCCAAUAAACGCAUAUCUGAAUUUGAAACUUAUGUUGAUUUCCUUGAAUCAAUUACAACCCAGUUGGCUUGGCUAAAAGAAAAAGAAUCAAUAGAAGUUGCACGGGAUUGGAGUGAUAAAGAAGUUAACAUAACAGCAAUCCAGCAGUAUUAUGAAAACUUAAUGGCUGAGCUGGAAAGAGCAGAAGUAGUUGUUCGUUCAUUGUUAGAGAGAGGAGAAUCCUUACUACUUCAAGGUCAUCCUGCAUCAAAGGCAAUAUCAGUUGUUCUUGGAAGUUUACAAUCUGCAUGGUCACGUGUUCUCCAAUUUACACUGGCACUUGAGACACACAUUGCUACAACCCGCACAGUGCAGAACUUCUUUAGAGAUCUUGAACAGUUACGGGAUUGGAUACAUAGCCGUGAUGAAAUCCUUAAUACUACUUAUUCAGCAUCUGAGUUUUCUUUGGAUGAAGGUGAAAGAUUAUUAAGGGGUAUGCAAGAACUUAGAGAAGAAUUGAAUAGUAGAUCUGCUGCCUUAUCCCAGAUGGCAGAGAGAGCUCAAUCUGUUGCCCCCAUCAAACAGAGAAGACAACCUGUUGUCAGGCCCAUACAAGUUACAGCUGUCUGUGACUACAAAUCAGAUACGGUUGAAAUAGAGAAAGGAGACCAGUGGAUACUUCAUGACAAUUCUGCCCUUACAAAAUGGCGUGUUUCACCUAUAGGUUCAACUAAAGACACCAAUGUUCCUGGUGUGGUAUUUUUAAUUCCUCCACCAAGCAAAGAAGCAAAAGAAGCAGUUGAAAGUUUAGCACGUGACUUUGACCGGACAACAGCACUUUGGCAGAGAAAACAACUUCGUCUCAGACAAAAUAUGAUAUUUACCACAAUACGUGUGGUAAGGUCUUGGGAUCUUGCUCAGUUUGUUGCCAUGGGUUCUGAGCAGAGAAAUGCCAUACGUAAAGCUCUCAAUGAGGAUGCAGACAAACUUCUUGCAGAAGGUGACCCUAAUGAUCCACAACUGAGACGUCUCAGGAGGGAAAUGGCUGAAGUUAACAGACUUUUUGAUGAAUUCGAAGCUCUUGCUAGCCAACAAGAGGAGAACAAGAAUGCUAUCCGUGUUAUCACAGAAAAAUGUUCACAUCUCCAAGAAGCUUUGGAAGAAGCUGAAAGAGUCCUCACCAUGAGAUUGUCAUCUUCUAUUCCUAGAGAUGUUCAUUCUUUGGAGCAUCUUAUUGUCCAGCAUAAAGAAUUUGAAACCUCACUUAAAGGUCUUACUGGAGAGAUUGAGGGCCUCCAAACUAUGUUCAACAGCCUAACAAGAAAGACACCUGGUGUCCAGUCUCGUGUAGAAGCCAUAUUGCAGCAAUGGAAUCACAUUUGGAACUAUUCUCAUCUGUUUGUUGAAAGACUCAAAUGUGUUGAAAUUACGCUAUCUGCUCUUGAUGAUGCUACUAAUGUUGUCUCUGAACUGGAACUUAAACUUUCAUCAUUUGGAGAUAUGCCUUCAGAACUUGAAUCCUUACAGAAUGUUCAUGAUGACCUGAUUAGGGUUCAGAACUCCAUAGCUGCUCAGCAACCUGUUGUUGACCAACUCAUUGAGGAUGCUACAAAUACCCGGAGAUUGGUUGUAAAAUCGAGGGAACGUCUUAGGUCUCAUGACCAUUCAGACAUGGACAGGCUGGAUGAUGAUGUUAAUGCAGUAACCCAAAGAUGGAAUAACUUGUGUGCUUCUCUUGUUGACAGGUUGAGAUGUUGUGAAGCAGCUUAUUCUCUCCUUGACACUUACGGGAAGACUUAUCAGACAGAAGUCAAGUUUAUUGAUGAAUCAUAUUCUGAACUGAACAACCUGCCACCAGUUUCUCUUGGAAAGCACCAUAUUGAACCAACAAAGGUAUUAUUCACCAGCAUAGUUGAAAGAACUCAACCUUUGGAGCAGGUUAACAUUGAUGGUGGUCGUUUCAUACGUGAAGCGAAGGUAAGCACUAUUUUGCCUACAUUUUUUUACUUAAGAAAUUAUUUACUUUUAUUAUUAACAUAUUUGGUUAACAAAGUUGUAAAAAAUAUACUAGUAUAGUAGUUAUUUAAUCAACAUAUUAAUUAUUUAUUACCCUUAUCAAUGCAUAAUCAUCAUUGAUAAGGAACAAUAAAGAACAUGUACAUAGCAAAGAAAUCUAACUUUUGGCUGCAAAGAUAUUAUUCUAACAGUUCAGUAGAUUUUAUGUAAUUUCAUUAAUAUUCUAGUAUUUAUUGGUGGAUGUCCAGUUCAGGGAUCUUACAAAUUUUAAUUGUAAUUUCUCUUCUAUAUUUGUAGCACACUUCAGUGAUUAAAUAGUAAAUAAUUACUAUUCAUAAUUAUUUCUUCAAUAGUGAUAAUAGAUUACUCUUACAUGUUAGCGAAAGAUGCAACCCUAUGAGAUUAAAUUAUGUUCAAUACAAGCAAUCAUUUAUGUCAAGUGAUUAAUAAGAGAUAUUAUUACAUUAUUUUUAUUUUCAGUGAAAAGUAUUUUUCAAUUGAAAAUUCAAUAUUUUACUUUAUUUUAUUUUGUUUUAUUGGAGAUGAGUUAAAUCUAAAUCUAAAUUGGUUGGAAUAUUGACUGUACAGCUAUCAACCUGGGAUCUAAAAUCUGCUUCAGUUGUUUUUAAAUUAUUAUUAGGGCAAUGUUCAGUACUUGUUUAAACCUUUACUGUAGAAAUCCUUAAUUUUCUUAGAGAAAACUCUUUUUUGGAACAUGACAUUUAUGAGAACAUAAUUCUAGGAUUUUGUUGUUUGUAGAAGUUAUAUAAGUGGGAGGUGAAGAGAAAUAAGUAAUUAAUUGAAAAGUUGUCUUCAUAUUAAAAAUCCUGUUUUUUAUUUGAGUGAAGAGCUCACAUGACAGUUAUAAUUUAAAGACUGAGGUCAUGAUGGCCAAGUGUGUUAGAGCAUUACCCAUUUUAGCAUUCUCGUGUCUAGUGAUGCUGGUUCAAAUCCAGCCUGGGUGAGUUAAAAUUUAUUUUGUGGUGAACCCACAGAAUGUAUCACGACCUUCUCAUUUAUGUUAGAAUAGAUUUGAUUGUACCUCUAAGAUAUUAUAUUAGUAUAUUACUAUUGAGAAAUGAUAUUGAUGGUUGGAUGAGGGUUAUAUAAUAAACUUUAAUCAUUAUAAUAUUGAAACUAAAUUGUAAAGUAUCCCUGAUCUGGACCAAAUGUAUUUGUAUAUAUAACCGAAAUCAACUUAUUAACAUGCUCCCAAGACAAAGCAAAAUUAAAAAUAAUUUAAAUAAGAAGGGACAAAAUGAUAUUAAUGUACUUAAUGAAACUGAACAAGAAAGAAAGAAAAAAAAAAAAAGGGGACCCUACUAACACAACAUUACAGAUAUACAACCUUGCACUGGGAAAAUUCAGAGCAGCAGUGGCAAUAUCACAACCAUCUUUUGACGGUGAUUCUCGUCCUGAUUCUGAGUGGCCUUCUGGUGAAGAAGAAAUUGCAGAGCAGCUAGACAAGAUCAACCAUAGGUACUUAGCUCUCGUCAGCAUUUUACAAGACAGGCUGAGGCAGAUUUGUGCCAUUUCGAAUGAUCCUCAACUUAGGGAGUUCGUGUCUAAGCUUCAGCCUGCGCACUUGAAGACUUUUAGAACAGAGUUUACUCUUACAGAAACAUCAACUCAACUCCCUGACAGGUGGAGAAUCACUGAAACAGACUCCAUGGGAAUCAAUGGAUCAAAACCACCUUCUCCUCCCGAAAAAACUGGUAUAGGGACAGAUGUAAUAAACCGUACUGGGAUUUAUCACCCAACUACUGGGGCCGAGAUGACAGUCAGUGAAGCCAUUAAGGCACGUAUACUUGAUGUCAGGACUGGUCGAAUAAAUUUAUCUCCUGACAAAAGUAUCGACAUUCAGGAAGGUGUUGUUAUGGGUAUUAUUGCCCAGGCAUUAGCAUCUGAACUCCUUGGUCCAUCUAAUAUUUCUGGCUCCAAGAACCUCUUGGAGGCUAUACAAAAGGAGAUUUCUUUGGCUGAAGGGAGUCCAUUAAGGGUAUGUUUAUCAGAUGCAAUUGAUUUAGGCCUUGUUAGUAGCUCAGGUUAUUUAGAUAGGGAAACUGGACAGACUAUUCCCCUAGAAUCUGCUCCACUUGCUGAUAUUCCUGAAAUAGUUAAUAAUGAUAUUAAACUGACAGUUUCUGAAGCUAUUGAUUCUGGUGUAUUACCAUCUGAUGUAAUUGAUGCUAGAAACAAGGGGCUUAUUCAGAGACCACAAACACUUUAUGAUAUCUUAGAUUUGAAUUCAUCAGAGGAGAGUCAUGUUGAUACAAUAUUUGGUUCUUUAACUUUACAAGAAUGUAUAAACAAAAAUGUUCUAGACUUCGAUUCAUUUAACUCUAUCCUUGACAUAAAGUCAGGAAAAAUGCUUACUCUCAAGUCUGCGCUUGAAACUGGAGUGAUGACUGAGGAUUGGCAAUUCAAAGACACUAAAAAUAAUAGAGUUAUUGGCUUAAAAUCUGCAAUUGAUGAGGGUUAUAUUGCAUCAGUUAUUGUGAGGUCCAUCUUUGAUAUAGACUGUUUUAAAAACUUUGAAACAGGAGACUUUGUUUCAUUUAACAAGGCUCUUGCUCUUGAUAUUCUUCAAAAUGGAGAACUAGUCACCAAGAAAUCUGGUAAGACUGUACCAAUUAAUGAUGCCUUAAAAGACAAUCUCGUAAAAAAAAACAUCUGGGAAAUUUUGGAUAGAAAAGUUGGCAUAAUGUCUGGUGGAAAGGAAUUGACUUUAUUUGGUGCUGCUUUUAAAUGUUAUAUAGAUCCUAAGACAGGUUUUGUGUUGGAUAGAAGGAAAAACAGGCUUUGUUACAAAGAUGCAUUAGAUAAGAAAAUUAUAACCAAAGAAGGCUUGAAUGUUCUUAAGAGUUGUUUAGCCAUAACUGUUACUGAAACUAAACCACUCUUCAAGAAGAAUAACUCCAGUCCCAUCAAGCAAGGGUUAAAGAAAAUCCUUGACACUCUAGCAAUGAAGAAGAAAGUUGAAUUGCCGGAUUGUGGUAUGCCACUGAAAGAAGCCAUAGAUAAAGGUCUUUUUGACCCUAGUUCUGGGUUAUUUCAUAUUCCAGGAACUGAUAGGCUUGUGAGUUUUGAAGAGUGUUUAAGACUGAAUAUUUUAGAUCCCAAUUCUGGUGUUUUAAAUGAUGGCAAGAAAACACUUACUUUUAUCAGGGCCAUAGAAAAAAAAAUUAUGACACCUCUUGGAGAGUUUGAAGGCAUGUCUUUAUCAGAUGCUAUAUCUAAGGGUUUUAUUAUAUUUGAAGGAGAACCAUAUGAAAUAUCAAAAGAUGCUAUCUUAGAUCCAAGUUCUGGGUUAAUUGUAUAUGCAGAUUCUCGAAAGCCAGAGAAACUACUUGAGGCUGUGUGUGAAGGACUUCCUGCUAUGAUAAAAGAUCCCAAGGGAAAUCCAGUGGAUUUACAAACUGCCAAAGAAUCGUUUCUUUCUAAUGAACGCUAUGAUCCUGAAGGGCUGAAUUUGACACCUAUGGAAGCUAUAAAGCAAGGUUUCAUAACCUUUAAGCCGGUAGCAUCGAAACUAUCUGUUGAUAGGUUCACAACAGCAAAAGAUUUUGUACUAAGGGGCUUGUUUGAUCCCCGGACCUCUUCAUUUACUGAUACCUCUGGGAAGAAGAUUUCUUUCUCUGAAGUUGUAGAUUACAUUGAUCCACAUACUUUAGUUAAAGAUCUUCAGACAGGAGAUUUCAUUCCUAUAAAAAGUGCUAAGUUUGAUGAAAAUGGUGAAAUGAUUGAUCCUAGAACUGGAAGAUCAGUGCCUUUUUUUACAGCUUGUAAACUAAAUUGGAUACGUCCUAAGAAAUCUGCACCUAAACCUAAGUUUGGUUUACAAGAAGCUGUAGAUAAAGGUAUUUUGGAAAAUGAUGGGUUUGUAAAAUAUGAAAAUAUUAAAGUACCUCUUUUCUUAGCCAUUGCAGAUGGCAUACUUGAUUGUGAUAAAGUCGGGGUAAUUGCAAAUAAUAAUUUAAUUCCUGUUUCCAAAGCUGUGGAAUCUAACAUUUUAGACCUAAACAAAGGGAAACUUGAAAGUGAUGAUCUUAUAUUAAGAUUUAAAACAGGGGAUGUCCGUCCACUUGAGAAGCCUGUUGCUUUAGAAGCAUUGAUUAGAAAGGGCAUAGCUACCAAGGGGAUUAUAGAUCCAAUUACCAAAGAUUCAAUCACUUUACAGGAAGCUAUUAGACGAUACAUUGUAGAUCCUGAUAUAUCAUUUUGCAAAGACACUGUUAAUGAUGAAUUUGUAGAUCUAAAUGUUGCGAUAGAUAGAGGUUUGAUAAAGUACAGAUUUAAAGAUACCAAGUCUGGUUCUAAUUUGCUUCUUUCUGAAGCAUUGGAAAGACAAUUAAUUGUUACAAAACUUGAUAAGAUGUCAAUUGUAAAUGCAUUAAAAUAUUUUGAAGAUGGAAAGUUCUUGAACCCUAAGACCGGAGAAAUGGUCACACUUAAUGAAGCCCUGAAGUCAUUUAUUGAUUCUUCUUCCUCAAAAUUUAAAGAUCCCAAAAAUGAUGCAAUAAUAACUGUUGAAGAAGCUUUGGAAUCAGGCCUUCUUGAUGGAGAAAAUUCUAUAUUAACCUAUCCUUACAGAGUUCCUUUAGAUGUUGCAUAUUCAAAAGGAAUUUUACUUCCUUCCGUUGCUCCAAUGACAUUAGCAGAAGCUUUAAUUCAAGAUCUUUAUGACCCAGUGACUGGAAAGCUAAUCAUAGGAGGGGGUAAGACCAUACUCCAGUGUCUAAAAGAAAAUCUUAUAACAGAUUCCCCAUUGAUUCUAGGAAAUGGAGAUCUCAUUUCAUUGAAACAAGCUAUUGAUGAGGGACAUAUAGACCCUGAUAGUGGUAUGGUAGCAGUCGAUGGUGAUUCUCUCAAUCUAAAAGAAGCACUUCAGCAUGGUCAUUUUGUCACUAAGAGACUAUAUCCCGUACCAGAAGCUGUUCGUAAGUUGUAUAAUCCUAUAAGUGGAAAAUUCACCGAUCCAACAACAUGUAACAAAUUGACUACUGAUGAAGCUCUUGAUAAAGUUCUUGAUCAGAGCACUACUGUAGUUAAGUUGGGCAACGAAGUGAAAACCUUCGAAGGCAGUGUCAAGGAAGGUCAAUUCAGGAAUAUUGAUUUGAAACAUGCAUUGGAAGAAGGAAUAAUAAUGGAACUUGACAGACCACUGCCAUUUGCAGAAGCUCUGAAAACAUUAUUUGACCCUGAUUCAAGUCUUUUCUUAGAUCCGGAUGGUUCAUAUGUUCCUCUCGAAGAAGCUAUACUUUUAGGUCUUGUAGAUGGAAAAAGUGAAGUUGAAACAUCACGAGGAGUAUUGCCAUUAGAAGAUGCAAUUGCAUUUGGGCUGGUUAAUUCUUCAACCAUAGAUGGUGUAGAUCUCAGAGUAUUGGCUAGAAGACCCAUUUCUCUUCAAGAAGCAGUUUUAAAAUUUUAUAAAGAUAAAAAAUUUCCUCAGGGAAACUUAAGAGAUGCAAUAUCAGAUGGUUUUGUAGAUGAUACUAGAUUACUAUGCCACUCGAAUAAACCAUUAUCAUUAAGGGAUGCAAAACAAUUAGGGAUUAUUGAUGAUUGUAGGAACACUAUUUGUGGUAUGGACUUGUCUGAAGGAAUGAAGAAGGGGCUUAUAAUAAAUUUAGAAGGUCCAUUUUCUUUGUAUGAUGCUCUUAAAUUUGGAUUUUAUGAAGAUAGAUUUGUUCAUCCUAAUUCUGGAAAAAUCAUGAAUCUUACUCAGGCUGUUGAAGAAGGUUUUAUUGAUCCCAGUAUUUCUCCCAUUAAAACACCAAAUAACGAUUACACCAUGUUGGAUAAAUCAAUUAUGGAUGAAUUGGAUAAAGGAGAUUUAAUGUGUUACAAAAAUGAAGGAAUAAUUGUACCGCAUACAGGAAUGGACUUGGAAGAAGCUAUCAGGUCAAAAUUAUUUAAGAAUGGUAAAUUCAUUGCUCCUUUAGAAAAUAAAAAAGUAAGUUUAAAUUCUGGGAUUAAAUCUGGACUUCUGAACCCUGGCACAACUUAUCUUACUUAUGCUGGUCGUUUAAAAGAUCUAAACCAAUCUCUUAAUGACGGUUUAGUUGAUGCAGAAGAUUGUGUUGUUAAAGUUGAGGAAGGCAUUCCUUUUGAUGAAGCAUUUCACAGAGGUAUUCUUAUUACUGUUCCUAGAGUAAAACCUCCUGAUGUUCCAGGAGAGGACACAAUGAUGUUUAAAGAUACAGCUAAGAGAAGAUUACUGCGUCUAGCAGAUGCUAGACGUAAAGGUUUAGUUGAUAAUGCAGGUCGUGCUCUUGAUACAUUGAAUUCAAAACUUUUAGACUUGGAUUCUGCUUUAGAAACAGGAUUGAUUGUUAAAAAAAUAUCAUUAAUGGAUGCUCUUGACUAUAAUCUUUAUAACCCUACGACUGGUAGAUUUAAUGAUCCAUUUUCAGUGGGAAGUGUGCAAGGUAGAAAACGUCUGACUCUUUUAGAGGCAAUAGAUGUGGGGCUCAUAGAUCCAAAAUCUGUCCUUAUUCGUUUUGGGGGUGCAAUACAUGAUUUAUCCUCUGCAAUUAAUGUCGGUGCUAUUGACCCUCACACUGGUAAGAUAAUAGAUGAAGAAAACCAACUGGAUUUCUUGAAAGGAAAAGCGAAGGGUUACUUCAUUGUUGCUCAAAGUAGGCAAGCUAUGGAAGAAAAGUACAAAUUAUGUGAUGACAAUUUGCGAUCUCUACUUGAAUGGAUUGGUGAGAUAGAAGCUAGACUUGCUCAACAGGAACCAGUACAAGAGGAUCUUGAUCGUCUCCGAAAUCAAAUCAAUAUUUUGAAGUUACUUAAAGAGGAAUUGGAUUCACAACAACGAAUGGUCUUCAAUUGCCUUGAAGAAGUGAGGACUGUGGCAUCCACUGGAAAUGAAUAUCUUACUCGAGAUGAGGUAUCAACACUAGAGAGGAACGGAAAGUCCUUGAGGAGCCGUUAUGAUCGUGCCAUUGACAAGACUGAUAAACUUCUAAAGAGGUUGACGAAUGCAGGAGAUCACUUAUCCAAAUUCAAGUCUGAAACAAAAUCUCUUACUGAAUGGAUGACGAAGGCUAAACGCCAAAUUGAAGAAAAAGAGCGUCAGUUGUCUAGUCUUAGUGCUAAUGAUACAUCAGUACGUGAAUUACUAGGUGAUGUUAUUGCUCAUCAAGCUGACCUUAGGUUCAUAUCAAUGGCAGCAAAUAAAUUCUAUGAGGAAUCAAAGGAAUUUUUAUCCACAUUGAAUGACUUCAGAACUUCUUUGCAGUCACGUCUUUCUCAUAUCGACUACUCACUUUCUGGUUCUGAAAUUAAGGGCAUUGUAAACAAGGUAUCUAAUGAAUAUAGAGAUCUGCUUAGCCGGGCUAAUGCACUCUCUGACAAAGUUACUGGUCUUAAUGCUAAAAAAAGGGACUUUGAUCAAGCCCUGGAGCGAUUGAGACAGUGGAUGUCCACUGCUGAACCUAGAGCAAACAAGGCUCUUUCUGAACCAUUGGCUGCUGAUCCUCAUGGCCUAGAAGAACAACUAAACAGAGCCAAGACUCUUAACAAUGAAUUCUUAGCCCAGGGUCGAUUAGUCGACAACAUGAAACAGGCUUUAGAUUCAUUGCCUAAAGAUCCAAGUAUCACAAAUUCUUUGGAAGCUACUGUUUCUGAUCUUGCAAGACGCUAUACAAAUCUUUCUGAAUCUUUAUCAAAUAGGUGUGGUGUCCUAGAAUCAGCCCUUGCACAGUCACAAGGUGUUGAAGACUCACUCGACUCUAUUACAUCUUGGCUUUCUUCUGCUGAAAAUAGUCUCAAGUCAUUGAGUAGACCAGCAUCAUUGCUCAAAGACAGAUUAGAAGAUCAAAUCAGAGAGUUAAGAUUGUUAUUAUCUGAUAUUGACACGCAUAGGGAUACUGUUGAUGGAGUUGUCAAUCAAGCAAAGGCUCUCGUUGGUCAGCAAUCCAAUCACCGUCUUGCUAAGCGAGUAGAAACUAAACUCAAAGAUGUUUUAUCAAGAUUUGAAAAAUUGUCAGAGAGGGCCAGCAAAAGAUCUGAACUCCUUGGUGAAAUAACUGCUGGAUUGACCUCUUUUUCAGCUCAGGCUUCAGAGACAGAAAAUUGGCUUACUGAGGCAAACGAACUGCUGGCAACAGAAGGUUCAAUUGAACCUCUUUUAACUCAAAGAGAAUCUAAACGAGACAUUGUUGAAAAAGUUUUACGAGAAGGAAGAGCAUUAGUAUCAAAGAAAGAUGUUACUGAUACUGGUCAUGUCAGAGACAGGUUGAAGAAUAUAGAGAGCAGCUGGAGAGAAUUAAAUACACUUCUUGAUGAAAGACAGCGGCUCAUUCGAUCAAGAGCUGAACACACUCAGUCAUAUGAAAAACUUCGAGACCAGGUUCUCUCAUGGCUUCAAUCUAUGGAAUCAAGGAUUGCAUCACUUGAACCAACUGCACUGCAAACAGAAGUUUUAAAACGUCAAGCUGAAGAAAUCAAACCAUUGAUUAAAGAACAUAAGGAUUAUGGCUCUACUGUUGAUAGACUGUUUGAUAUUGGAAGUUCAUUAGAGUCAAUGGCUAGGUCUGAUUCUCCAACUAGGCGACGUAGUUCUACCAGUCCAAUUAAGAGAAUUUCCUCAUCAUCUUUGCUUAGAAGAAAUUCACAAGAAGGUUCUCCGAGUCCUACCAAAUCCUUAUUCAAUGUCACAUCACCUCUUAGUACAGCAUCCAGUGGGUUUGGCAGCAGAAGAUCAUCUCAAGACAUUUUCCAUGUUGAAGAAGUAACUGGAGUUCAACAAGAGUUGUCUGAAAUAAAUAACCGCUACUCAAGCAUUGGUGUUAAAGUAAAUGAAAGGCUACUUGAAAUAGACAACUGCCGGGAAGAGCUUAGGAAAGCGACAGAGAGUCUAAAAUCUCUUGAUUCAUUUUUGGAAAGGAUAUCUAGAUCGCAACCAAGGGAAGGCUUACCUAAUGGCAGAGAAGAAGCUGAUAAAAUUAAUAGAGUUCUUAAAGGACUUGUUGAAGAAAUGUAUGAAAAACAAUCUGCUUUGGAUAGUACUAGGACAAACGUUAAUGAACUUUUGAGGAGACGACCUGGAGCAGUCGGUUCUGAUCAAUUAUCAUCCCAUGUAUCACAAGUUGCUACAAAAUGGCGAUCUUUACAUGACUCACUUAAAGCAAGAAUCCAGUUUGUAGAAGAUGUUAAAGAUGUUUAUGACUCUUAUGAGCUCUUAUCUAAUUGGCUAUCUGCUAAAGAAAGAAUGUUUGCUGCCUUAGGCCCCAUAUCUCCAGAUCCAAGAAUGGUUCAGAUUCAGAUAGACCAAGUCCAGGUAUUGCGGGAGGAGAUGAGAGCUACAAGGCCUCAGCUGGAGCAUUUGGUUACUGUUUGUUCUUCUGUCGCUGGUGCCACUCCUGAUGGUACUAAAUUAAGGGCAAAAGUUAGUGGAAUAUCUGAUAGAUGGGAAGAGCUAUCUAGAAAGCUGGAAGACAGAGCAAGUUCUUUAGGUGCGGCUGUAGAUUCCAGUCGUGACUUUGAUUCAGGUUUGACUAGACUUAAAGAUGCUCUUUCAAAUAUCUCUCUGCAAGUUGAUGCUAUUCCUUCUGAACCAUCUGAAGAAUCAUUACGAAAAAUUCAGGGUUGUGAAAGGCAAUUGGAAGGUGUACGUCAGUUAUUAGCUGAUGCAGAAGCUGCUGGUGCAGAACUUUGUCGGGUUUUAACUGACCCAGCUUCAAGGUCAGACAUACAGGCCAAACUUGGGGAUGUGAAUAAGCAAUAUAGUCUUUUACAGGCUAAGUUAGACCUCAGGAAAGCAGAAAUAGAAGCAUUAGUUAAGGAUGGAAAAGAAUUUGAUGCAGCUGUUGCUAAAACUCUUGGGUGGGUCUCAGACAGUCUCACCAAUCUUAGUGAUCGCCUUCUUAUUUCUGCUGACCGUGAUAUCCUGCAACAGCAAGUCGAUAACCAUGAGCCAAUCUAUAGAGAAAUGUUAUCCAAAGAGCAUGAGGUAGUUCUUCUUCUUGAAAGAGGAGGGAAGCGGGAAGUUGAAAGCUUAAGGCAACAGUGGGAGAAAUUAAGAAGAGAAGCUACCGACAGACAGACUAGACUUCAAACUUGCAUGGAGCAUUGUAGAAAAUACUACAAAGGAUUGGAAGCAUUUAUCCCAUGGUUGUCUCAAGUUGAAAAUAAGUUGGAAUCACUCAGUCCGGAGUCAUUUUCUAGACGAGAUCUCGAUAAGCACCUUAGAGAUCUUUCUUCUCUUAGGAAUGAUGUUUGGAAAAAAUCAGGAGAAUUUGAACAUUUGAGGUCACUUGGUGAAACUUUUAUUGGGGCUUGUGAUGUUGAUAAAGAUGUUGUUACAAAAGAGAUUUCUGCUGUACGAGAACGUUGGGACAGACUCAAUAAUGAUCUGGUAUCCAAAACGUCAAGACUUGAAGAGCUGGGAAGACGUCUUUCUGAGACCAGUGAAAGACUACGAGGAAUGUCUCACUCAAUACAGCGUUGUGAGGAUCGUCUUGGUACUCAUGAUUCUCUGUCUACAACUGCUGAUCCAGCCACUCUUAUGAAGUUGAAAACAUUAAGAGAUGAUGUACAAGCUUUAAGACCACCAUUGUCUCAACUUAAUCAGACCUGUGAAGAUCUCGAUAGAGAGCUUGCUUUAGAAGCCUCUGGCAAACAAUCUGGGCUCAUGGAAGAAGUAGUUGGUCUUGGAGAAAGACUUGAUGAUCUAAGUGAAAGACUUAGGGAUCGAUGUUCAACAGCAGAAUCAGCAGCAGUUGCUGCACAACAAUAUAAUGAGCGUGUGAGGUUACUUACUGGAGAUUUAAGCGCUCUUGAAAUGGAGCUUGAAUCAAUGAAACCACCAGGUAGAGAUUUUAAGACUUUGAGAACACAGCAUGACCAACUUUCAUCUUUUAAUGGCAAACUUUCGCGAGCUAGUGAUGCUGUCAGUGAAGCUCUUGCCCUUGCCGAUAGACUUGUAGAUUCAGGUUUAUCAACUGAACCUACCCGAAGACAAGCUGACAUACUUUCCAAACAGUUGAUACACCUGGAAGAGAGAGCGAAAUCUAGAGAGGAAGACCUUGACAAGGCUGAAUCUUCUCUUAGAGAUUAUGAAAGCCUUUACAAUGAUGCUAUUAGUGCUCUUGAUAUAGCUGAGGAUGAAUUAAGAAGGUUGAGGCCAGUUGGCUCUGAAGUUGAAACGCUUAGGUCCCAACAAGCAGAAGCAAGGAUUACACAAAGUGAUAUCAUAGAACCUGCUGGUAAAGCAGUUGAUGUGGCAGCUUCUUCAGGAAGAGCUCUUAUUGCUUCUGCAGGUGCUGGAGUAUCUGUUACUCAUCUUGCUUCAGGCAUAGAACAGCUGAGGUCACGAUGGGAAGCUCUAAAUGCAAAGAUGGUUGAUAGAACAAGGAAACUAGACUCAGCAUUGCUGCAAUCAGGCAAAUUCCAGGAAGCAUUGGAAGGAUUAGCUAGGUGGCUAUCUGAUACUGAAGAAAUGGUUGCUAAUCAAAGACCUCCAUCUGCAGAUUACAAUGUUGUUAAAGCACAAUUACAGGAACAAAAAUUCCUAAUGAAAAUGAUAAAUGAUCGAGAAGAAUCUCUUGCUUCACUUGCCCAGCUUGGUGAUGAAAUGGAAGGUGGAAUAGUCUCAGGAGAGUUGCGGCGAUUACAAGAGAGAUUCAAUGACUUGUCAAGUGGAAGUAGAAAAAGAAUGUGUGAUUUAGAAGCUGCAUUGACUGCAGCUAAAUUAAUGCAGGAUAAAUUAGUUCCUGUUGUUGAAUGGAUGGAAAGGACUGAAAGAAAGGUUAAAGAUAUGGAGCUGGUACCUACAGAUGAAGAAAAGAUUCAACAGAGGAUACGUGAACAUGAUGCAUUACAUUCUGAAAUAUUACGCAAGAAACCUUCACUUAGUGAGCUUACCGAAGUUGGCAGUGAUCUUAUGGCACUUGUUGGUGAAGAUGAAGCUUCUGGAGUUGCCGACAGAGUUCAAGACUUAGCUGAUAGAUACUCAGCCCUUGUUGAUGCCUCAGACAACAUAGGCAGAUUACUAGAAUCAUCCAGAACUGGACUUAGACAUCUAGUGCUCACUUAUCAAGGAUUGCAGGGAUGGAUGGAAGACAUGGAAAACAGACUUGGAAGACACAGAAUUCUAGCAGUUCACACUGAUAAGUUACUUGCUCAAAUGGAAGAUUUAGCUGAUCUGACAGAAGAGAUAUCUCAACAUCAAAUUGAUGUUGAUGGAACUGUAGACAGUGGAUUAGAACUUAUGAAGCAUAUUUCUUCCGAUGAGGCUAUACAACUGAAAGAAAAACUUGACUCUUUGCAGAGAAGAUAUAAUUCACUUACCACUCGUGGUGCUGAGUUGCUAAAACAAGCUCAGGAAGGACUGCCAUUGGUACAGCAAUUCCAUAAUGCGCAUGGACGACUUGUUGACUGGAUUCAGGGUGCUGAAGCUGUGCUACAGUCAGCAGAACCGCGUGAAGAAAGUAUCAAUGCACUUGAGUCUGAUAUACAAGAAUUUCGUCCUGUUGUUGAAAAUAUCAAUCAAAUAGGACCUCAAUUGUGCUCUCUUAGUCCUGGUGAAGGUGCAUCAACAAUUGAAGGAUUGGUAACACGAGACAAUAGAAGGUUUGAUGCUGUUUGUGACCAAAUUCAAAGAAAAGCUGAAAGGUUGCACAUGUAUAAGCAACGAUCAUUGGAAGUUCUAGGGGAUAUUGAUUCAUUAUUGGAAUGGUUCAGAGAAGCUGAAGCUGGAUUACGUGAAGCUGAACCACCAUCAUCUGAAGCCAACAUUAUUCGUCUUCAGUUGAAGGAACAUCGUGCUCUGAGUGAUGAUAUUGCCAGUCAGAGAGGCCGUGUUAGGGAUGUAUUAGUUACAGCCAAGAAGGUUAUUCGUGAGGCUUCUCCUCAUGAUGACUCUUCGCUUAUGAGAGACAAGAUGACUGAUCUAAGGGAAGCUGUGGAUACAGUUUGGAGUGCAUCAGGUGAAAGGCUUGCCACCCUUGAACAAGCCUUAGGGCUUGCAGAGCAUCUUGCUGAAUCUCAUGCUCAUUUAUCAGCUUGGCUUGGAGAAAUGGAAACUUCAGCUAAGGCUUUGCCACCUCCUUCCAUCCGACCUGAUGUGAUAGCGCAACAGCAAGACAGAACUGAACUCUUGCUGCAGUCAAUUGCCGAGCAUAAACCUUUAGUAGACAAACUAAAUAAGACUGGAGAAGCACUCAUCGGGCUUGUAGCAGAAGAUGAAGGUGUCAAAGUUCAUGAAAUUUUAGAUUCAGAUAAUUCAAGGUAUGAGAGAUUGAAGGGCUCUCUCAGAGAAAGGCAAGGAGCAUUAGAACAAGCUUUACAGGAAUCAAGCAGAGCAACAGAUAAAUUAGAAGGUAUGCUGCGAGCUCUUGCUUCUACUGCUGAUGAACUUUCCUCUCUUGGACCAGUUUCAGCUCAUCCUCCACGAUUGCGUGAACAGAUCAAGGAAGUAUCACAACUAUCUGACCAAUUAUCUAAGAGAGAGGAAGCCUUUAGAGCUGUAAAAAGGGCUGCAGAAGAAGUUAUAAGCAAAGCACAAGAUAAGCAAGAUCCAGCUGUUAAAGAUGUCAGAAGAAAACUGGAGAAAUUGGGAUCUCUGUGGGAAGAGUUACAGACAGCUACUUCAGCUAGAGGUGCCAGCCUUCAAAGAGCAUUGGAAGUUGCUGGAGAGUUUUGGGCGGAGUUGGAAUCUGUAAUGGGGACAUUGGCUGAUUUAGAAGCAUCCUUAGCAUCACAGCAGCCACCAGCAGUUAGGCCUCAGGCCAUUGUCAAGCAGCAGCAAGCUUUACAAGAGAUCAAAGCUGAGAUUGAUCAAACCAAGCCUGAAGUGGAAGUAGUGAGGAAGCGUGGAGAGAAAUUGAUGUCACUAUGUGGAGAUGCUGAUAAACCUGAAGUUAGAAAGCACAUUGAAGAUUUGGAUACUGCCUGGGAUAAUGUAACAGCUGCUUUUGCCAGAAGGGAAGAGAAUCUCAUUCAUGCCAUGGAAAGAGCCAUGGAGUUCCAUGGAGCAUUGGAUGAGAUUACGCGUCUCUUAUCGCAGGCAGAAGAAAGAUUUUCACGACUUGGACCUAUAGGGGCUGAUAUUAAGACGGUCAAGAAGCAGAUUGAAGAACUGAAGGAAUUCAAAGCUGAUGUUGACCCACAUAUGGUCAAGGUUGAAGCUCUAAAUAGGCAAGCAGGAGAUUUGAGUGAAAGGACAUCAGCAGAAGAAAGUCAAGCUUUGAGAGGCCCAUUAUCAUCGGUCAACAGUAGAUGGGAUACUUUAACCAGAGGUAUGGCUGAGAGGGCUAGACAUUUAGAACAAUCUCUUCUCCGCCUUGGCCAGUUUCAACAUGCUCUUUCUGAGUUAAUAGCUUGGAUAGAUGCUACCGAUAAAACUCUAGAUGAGGAAAUUCGUCCAACUGCUGGAGAUCCACAUCUAUUAGAAGUCCAACUUGCUAAACUAAAAGUAUUGGUGAAUGAUAUUCAAGCGCAUCAAAGUUCAGUUGAUACACUAAAUGAUGCUGGUAGACAACUCGUUGAAACAGGACAAGGAUCCUUAGAGGCCUCUACUACUCAAGAGAAGUUAAACUCUCUAAACAGAAGAUGGGAUGAUCUUUUAGGUAAAGUGGCUUCCAGAAGAUCUGAGCUUGAAGAGGCACUAAGAGAUGCACAAAGGUUCAAUGGUGAAGUACAAGAUAUGUUUGGAUGGUUAGCAGAAGUUGAUGCAGCCAUUGCUUCCUCUAAACCUGCAGGAGGUCUUCCAGAGACUGCAUCAGAACAACUUGAAAGGUUCAUGGAAAUAUAUAAUGACUUAGAAUCAGCUCGUCCUAAGGUUGAAGCAUUAAUAACUCAAGGCAAUGAUUAUCUUAAGCGUGCAGAAGGAAACAAUGCUCAAGGCCUUAGUGCAAACCUAAAAGCUCUCAAACAGCGUUGGGAAGCUGUUCAAGGGCGUGCAAAUGACAAGAAAAUCAAACUGGAGAUUGCUCUUAAAGAAGCUACAGAAUUUCAUAAUGCUUUACAGUCAUUUGUUGACUGGCUUACUAGUGCUGAGAAAACGCUUGCAAACUUAAAACCUGUUUCACGUGUUUUGGAAACUAUACUUGCUCAGAUUGAAGAGCAUAAAUUAUUUCAAAAGGAAGUAGGAGUUCAUAGGGAGACAAUGAUUCAACUAGACAAAAAAGGAACACAUUUGAAGUAUUUCUCACAAAAACAGGAUGUUAUACUCAUCAAGAAUCUACUUAUAAGUGUUCAACAUAGAUGGGAGCGUGUUGUGAGUAAAAGUGCUGAAAGAACUCGAGCUCUAGAUCAUGGGUACAAAGAAGCCAAAGAAUUUCAUGAUUUGUGGUCCAACUUGAUGAAUUGGUUGUCUGAAACUGAUAAAAAACUAGAUGAGAUUACUACAGAGAUUGCGGGAGCUGGAAAUGACCCUGUCAAACUGAAGGCACGCCUGGCAAAACAUAAAGAAACACAAAAGGCCAUUGCUCAGAAGCAAGGAGCAUAUGAUCAAACAAUGAGAGUUGGUAAAACUUUGCGUGAAAGAGCUCCAAAGAGUGAUGAGUCUAAACUGAAAACUGCUAUUAAUCAGUUGAGGGAAUUAUGGUCUCUAGUUUCUUCCAAAGCAGUUACAGGUCAAAGAAAAUUAGAAGAAGCUUUAUUAUACUGUGGUCAGUUUAAGGAAGCGUUGGAAUCUCUUUUGGAUUGGCUUAAAAGAACUGAGAAAACAUUGUCUCAAGAAACUCGUAUUUAUGGAGAUUUAGACACAGUACAAAAUCUCAUAGAGCAGCAUAAGGUUCUUGAGGAAGAACUGAGAAAUAGAUCAACUCAAAUGGAAAGCCUAGAAAGAAGUGGAAGAGAGUUGAGUGAACGAGCAGAUUCAACUGGUUUGAAGGCUCAGCUUAUUGAACUAAACAAACUUUGGACAACGGUUGUUAAUCUAGCUUCCGAUAGAAGUACAGCACUGAAAGCUGCUUUGAAGCAUGCCGAAGAGUUGCACAAAGCUGUACAUAUGCUAUUAGAGUGGCUAUCUGAUGCUGAAAUGAGACUGAGGUUUGUUGAUAGUCUUCCAGAUGAUGAAGCUGAAACUAGAAUACAAAUUGCCGAACAUGAUAAAUUUAUGAGAGAGAUGAACGAUAAAGAAAAAGAAAAAGAUUCGACAAUAGCUCUUGCUGAAAAGAUUCUAGCUAAAGCCCAUCCAGAUGGUGCUGCAGUCAUCAAGCACUGGAUAACAAUCAUACAAUCUCGCUGGGAGGAAGUAUCUUCUUGGGCUAAGCAGAGGUCUGAGAAGCUCCAUGUUCAUCUUAAUUCUCUUAGGGAUAUGGAUACAUUACUGGAAGAGCUCCUUUCAUGGUUAGCACUCAGAGAAUCAGAACUUCUUGAAAAAGAAUCAAGGGAGCUUCCUAAUUCAAUACCAGAGACUGAGAGUUUAAUUGUAGAACAUGAUUCUUUCAUGGAAGAAACUAUGACUCGUGAAGUUGAAGUGAAUUCGGUCUUCAGAGCCAAGCAAUUAAAAGAAAAGAAAAUUACAAAAAAGACAAGCAAAGAUGAAACAAGACAAAGUACUCAAGAAUUAAAUGAAAUGCAAAGAAGACAGAGUAUGAAGAGUUCACGAGAGCAUUUGACCAACCUUGAUAGGCGAACAAGUCGGUCUAGCCCAGCUCAAGACAUGAUAGAUGGCCAUCCUAGGAUUGGACCUAAAUUCCCUCCCAAAGGAAGCAAGAGUUUGGAACCUCAAUUCAGAUGUGCAAGGUCUCGCCUAUUGUAUGAGAGAUGGCGAGGUGUUUGGCAACAGUCCUGGGAGCGUCAGCGUCGUCUUAGGGACCAUUUAGGUCAUUUGCAGGAACUUGACCGACUGGCAAACUUCUCCUGGGAUGACUGGAGGAAAAGAUUCUUGAAGUUCAUGAACCAUAAAAAAUCUCGUUUGACUGAUCUGUUCAGAAAAAUGGAUAAGAAUAAUGAUGGUCUCAUCCCAAGAGAUGAUUUUAUUGAUGGCAUAAUAAAGACAAAAUUUGAUACAUCUAAAUUGGAAAUGGGGGCAGUCGCCGAUAUGUUUGAUCAUAAUUCUGAAGGUUAUAUUGAUUGGAAAGAAUUCAUUGCUGCCCUAAGGCCAGAUUGGGAAGAAAGAAAGCCAGUUACUGAAGCAGAAAAGAUUCAUGAUGAAGUUAAAAGGCUUGUAAUGCUUUGUACCUGCAGACAAAAGUUUAGGGUAUUCCAAGUUGGUGAAGGAAAAUACAGGUUCGGUGACUCUCAGAAACUUCGUUUGGUUAGAAUCCUUAGAUCAACUGUCAUGGUCCGGGUUGGAGGUGGCUGGGUUGCUCUUGAGGAGUUCCUAGUCAAGAAUGAUCCUUGUAGAGCGAAAGGAAGAACGAAUAUUGAGUUGAGAGAACAGUUUAUUCUCGCGGAUGGAGUCUCCCAGAGCAUGUCCGCAUUCAAACCGAAGUCAAGCAAGAGUCCCGGACCAAUAACGAAAAUAAGGGAAAAAUCUGAACGUUCUGUCCCUAUGUCUGGAAGAAGAAGUACUGAGUCAGGAAGGUCUCCUGGAAGCACUCCUGGAUCAGCACCUUCAUCAAGACCUGCUUCGAGGAGUGGAAGUAGGCCUGGGAGCAGACCUAUAUCAAGACAUUCUUCUAGUCUUUCACUAGCUACAAGUGGUCAGUAUAAGAAGGAACUCCAUCACGCAUUCCGAGAUGGUCCCGAGGGAAACCGUCUGUUAAUGGAUCUGGAGGAACGAGUCAAGCAACUUGAUGAACAGUUGCUGGUUGCUGAUAUAUCCAUUAAAGAAUAA